AUGGUCAGAACGAUGAGAGGCAGUGAACAGCGGAGGUCUAACGUUAGCUCAGCUACUCACUAGGACAGAGACGUUGGACUGUGAGGACGUUUUGCUGUGAACAUUUCCGAAGGCAAAUGUUAACUUUCGGAUAGUACCGUUUGCUAGACUGUCUAGCGUUUCGGGGGCUAGCUUUCAGUUUACUUACUGGUGUUCUGCGGUGGAAAUAGGAAAAAUGUCGUCUCCAAGUCCGGGUAAAAGGCGAAUGGAUACCGAUGUGGUGAAACUCAUUGAGAGCAAGCAUGAAGUCACCAUCCUCAGCGGACUCAAUGAAUUUGUAGUGAAGUUUUUCGGACCACAAGGAACACCGUAUGAGGGAGGCGUGUGGAAGGUGCGAGUAGAUCUUCCUGACAAAUAUCCUUUCAAAUCGCCAUCAAUAGGAUUCAUGAACAAGAUUUUUCAUCCCAACAUUGACGAAGCGUCAGGGACAGUGUGCUUAGAUGUCAUCAACCAGACAUGGACAGCCCUUUAUGACCUGACCAACAUCUUUGAGUCGUUCCUGCCCCAGCUGCUGGCUUACCCAAACCCCAUCGACCCCCUGAAUGGAGACGCAGCUGCCAUGUACCUUCACCGGCCAGAGGAGUACAAGCAGAAAAUCAAAGAGUACAUCCAGAAAUAUGCAACAGAGGAGGCUCUGAAGGAGCAGGAAGAGGGGGCAGGCGACUCUUCAUCUGAAAGCUCCAUGUCUGAUUUCUCAGAAGACGAGGCCCAGGACAUGGAGUUGUAGUGAUAGGAGGGCUCCCCCAUCCCGCCUCCUCCUUUAACCCCCACAGAGACUAUAUUUGAUUUCCUAACCAUGAGAAAGCAGACUUAUAAUAUUCAUAUUUAAACAAGUUGAUUUUUUUAUUAUUAUUAUUACUACUAAACAAGGAUUUUUAUGGAUAUCUAGCCUUUGGUGUGUUUGACAGACACCCCUCCCGUUCUGUAGCUGUUCCUCCCUGCACAGAUGUCGCGAUUGCUUUCACACUUCUCUCCCUGUCAUCUCUGCAUUUUUAAGGUGUGUCACGUAGGCAUAGGCAGGAAAUCUCCCUGUGAGCAUCUCAUUUCUCGACUCAGAUUUCACUUUUUGAAAUAUAACUUUCCAGUUUGACCGGAAUCCUUAUUCCCUUUCUUUUUCCACACUGCUAAAUGAUUCUGACCAACAUUUUGUUCGUUGCUCCACGACAGCUGCUUUGGUCUUGCUUGCCUGGGUGCGCAGCUGUACAGUAUUAUUAGUGCUUUUGAGGUGCACAAUCACACACAAGGUGACAUAGCACACCUUGUAUGAAAAUACAGAAAGUGUAGUGCUAAUAGAUGCUCAUAAAUCAGCCCUGGAUGCUGCCUAAGCAUUUCUCUUUCAACUAUUUAUUGAGACAAUUUAGUAAAAAUAUAUGCCUUUCUUUCUGGUUCAGUUUGGAUCCUACCUUGGCAUGUUACGUAAAGUUUUUGUUACUCUUCGCUGCAGCUGCCUGUUUACAUGUGCCGCUGUGAAGUGCAAAAUAAAUACAAGGUCAGGUCUUGGAAAAUUAAUUAAUGAAAUACAUGUCUCGUUACAGGGUGAGUGACAGUGAGGUGAGAAAGACAUGUUGGGCGCUUUCAGUGUUGAUUUGUGGGCCUAGCUGUAUAACUGUGUUAUAUACAGUAACAUAACUGUGUUGCACGAAGGCAACAAAGACGAAAGUGGCGUUUGUGGAAAUUCUGGUCAGACUCACUUGGCGUGAUGGGAAUUGGAAGUAGAACGGAGCUACCCUUUAACCAUCUAACCAUCAUUUCUCGUGCAGCUCGCACUAGUUUUCCGUCAGGAGGCACGUCAAACACAUGAGCACCAAACAUUCUCAUUGUGCUGGAUGCCACUGGCGCUCACUCAUCGGCUUUACAAACAAAUUUCUAUGAGUAUUAUCAGUCGAGAAGACUUUUCAGGUAGAGAACGAAUGUAAUUGUCACCUAUUCUGGUGAGUUUAGAGAACCAGCACCAUUAGUUUCAAUUUUAGUGAAAAUCAACAAACAUGGUCACAUGGUUAUCGAGUGGAUCCGAGUAUAUAUGAAGCGUUUUUAUGGCAGAUUCCGGUUUGUGUAGUAUCGGUCAUCCUCACAUUCCACUAUUACUUGGACUGUGCUCCAGUGCAUGCCCUUCAUAUUGGUCUGACCUGUGGUGUGUACUCCGACUGCAUCAACUGGACUCCUGACACUUUACGAUCUCUAUUUGGAUCAGUAGUUUGAAGAUGACAAAAUAAGAGCCCAAGUAGUAGCAAUUUUCGUUGAGGGGAAUUAAUUUCAUCUGUACAGAUUUGACUUGUUAUGGAAAAAGAAAAGCUCUGGUGUUACUCAUUGUUGAUUCAAUUUGGCGGGUUAAGAUGUAAAUCCAUGACGUGUGGAAAGAGAAUGCAAUCGCAACUUUGACCUUUGGCUGUUUUUUUCCUUCUUUUAUUUCCUGUACUUUUUUUUGCCCGAUGGGGGGGUCAACACGUUUGGAUUUUUUUUUUUUUUUUUUUGUGUACAGCAUCUACCUUGUACAGUGAUAAAACACCUCUCUGUAGCCUCAUGAAAACUCAGCGUCGAACCCUGAAAUGCUGAGCGAGUGUUGCUUGUCGAGGCUAACGCGGCAGUCAAACUACCUAGAAAACCUUGAAAUGUAUUCACUUCAUAGAUUGCAGUAGGAGUCACUGGUUGCUUUGUGGCAGAUUUUUGGAUUCCUGAGCGGGAGAUUCAAAGCUGAAUUAUAACUCGGGAGGUCACCUUCUUAUCCCUCUACUGAUCUCAACUCCCUCUUCUGUGCCUCAUCACGAAAGGAAAGGGUGACCAUAUGAAGAAGUCCCCCAAAAAUAUGUGUCCAAAAAAGCCAUAAAGGUCAAAAAUUAGAAAAGCACAUUGUUUUCUACACAGACUGUUUUGACUCUCCUCUUUCUGCAAUGUGCAAUUUGUGAUUUGGCAUCUAAAUGUUCACUCUGUUGCAGAUCUGGGGCCCAGGGCUGAGUGGCAUCGGGUUUAUUUGAGCUAAUGUAGGAUUGUUAGACUUUUCUGGCUCAGGUUUGAAAUAAAGUUUGGUCGUAUCUUGCAUAGUGAUGAGCAUUUUUCACCCGGGUCGUUUUGAAAGGAUGGGAAUCAUGCCGAUAUUUGUUGAACUGUGUUUUUGACAGGAUAGUUAGUUUUGCUGGGUGUUGACUUCAACUAAAACAACAUAAUGCUAUAUGGCUGUAUUACAGAUAGAGUUAGAUAGUUUGGUAUACUUACCUGGUAAAGCAUUCAUUGCUCAUCUGAUUUUUAGUUAGUGUCUGUUGUGUGGUUAAAUGUAAGAUACUCCAUAGACAUGCCUGCUUGUCCUCUUCUCGCAGAUUCAGAGUUGUACAGAUGAGUGAUUUCAAACUAGGGAGAUGUUUGACCUGUAGUGAGCCUGAUAGAUCUAACUGUACAGAAAUCAAAACGUGUGGUUCAGCCCUUUUCGAGUGAUCGGAUUUUCUCCAAAAAACAUGAUUUAAAACACAAUUCUGUGCUCGUAAUUUUCACCACAUUAGAAUGCCGAUUUAGAACAGAAGCUUAAUUUGUUUUUAAUUUCCAAUAUUUAUCCGGGGAUAAUAUCGGGCUGAUGAUUUCUCUCAUUCAGCCUGAGGAGGUUUUUGUACGAGGGAGAAUUAGUGCCAUGUUGAAGAAAAAAAAAAUCUUUGAUUUCAAGAAUAAAGUCGUGAUUUUGAGGGGGGAAAACUCAUAAUAUUACAAGAAUAAAGUCGGAAUUUAACAAGAAUCAAGUCAUACUAUUUCAAGAAAAAAAAUUGUAAUGUUAUAAGAAUAAAGUCGGAAUAUUAAAAGAAUAAAGUCGGAAUUUUCGAGAAUAAAGUCACAUUAUCUCAAGAAUUUUUUUUUUAAUAUUACAAGAUUAAAGUCAUAUUAUUUCAAGAAAAAAAUUGUAAUGUUACAAUGAUAAAGUCGGAAUUUAACGAGAAUAAAGUCAUAUUUCAAGAUAAAAAGUCGCAAUAUUACAAGAAUUAAAUCGGAAUUUACGAGAAUAAAGUCAGAUUAACUCAAGAAAAAAAUUCGUAAUAUUACAAGAAUAAAGCUGUAAUUUAACGAGAAUAAAGUCAAAUAAUUGUGUGAUUAAACUUGUAAAUUGAAAAGAGAAAAAUUCGCAAAAAAUGCCAGAAAGUCACGUGAAAUUACAGAAAGAGCGGCAAAGUCCCAACAGGGAAGAAGAUAUGUUUUAUCUUGAAAUAGUAUGAUUAUAUUUUCAUUAAAUUACGACUUCCAUCCAUCCAUGCAUUUUCUAACCACUUCAUCCUCUUGAGGGUCGCGGGGGGGCUGGAGCCUAUCCCAGCUUAAGUUACAACUUUAUUCUUGUAAUAUUAUUAUUUUCUCCUCACAAUUAUGCCUUUAUCCUUGAAAUUUAGGAUUUUUUCCCCUUCAAUGUGGCCCUCAUCCAUCCUUUAAUGUUUGAAUGUUAGCUCGGGGUUGGUUUCCAGCAGGACGCCGCCAUUUUAACUGUUGCAGAGCUAACUGUUGUGAUAUCCAACAUGUCCAAGGCAGUAUAAAGCUAUGUGAAUGUUUUAAACGUGUUCAGUUUGUGGUGACGAUCCGCAUCCACGCAAACAGAACAAACCUGUCUGCAGAUCCCCACUCUCACUAUUGGCUUGUGUUUUCUCCUUCAGCUGCCUAUAGAUAUUUAUUUAUUCAUUAAAGAGACCUCCUUUUUUUUUUUUUUUUUUUUUAAAUCUUUGCCAUCAAGCGCCACUGUUGUAAGUUAUGGUUCAGCUAAAUUAUCACACUGAUGAGACAAGAUCGAGGUUGUUUUUUUUUUGUUUCAAGUAAUUCAGAUUGGAAUUCUUGUUUUACAUUUGUGCAGUAUUGUACUUGAGUGCUGAAAAUACAGUAUAUCCAAGCUGAGAAUUGUAAUAAAAUAGCACAUUAUGAUGCAAUGGUGCAACAGGGAACUAAUGAUUUUUAAUUUUUUUUUAUUUUUUUGGUUUAGGAUAAAAAUCAUAGGUUUGGUUUUCAGCAUUAUUUGCAUCUGCUGGGCAAUAAAUUAAUGACAUACUCAGCUGUGGCCUGGUGUUGCGCUGGUAAACAUGACAACCAUCUGAUCUCUUCAGUGGCCUCCGUUGUUCUCUCUCUGUUUUUUGUUUUUUUUUUACUUGCCACAGAUUACAUAUUCAAGGUCAAGAGAGAUAAUUACUGCCUUUGUGUUUCAGGUUGUUUUUAACUUGAGUCAAGAACUACAGAAAAUGUCCUCAAACCAGUGAAUGAUUUUGCUUCCAUUGCAACUUGAAUUCUAAAUUAUUUUUUCUGAAGAAAACUAUGAGAAAACAUGUUUAUUGUGCUUUUAUUUAAUUUCCUUUUGGCUUUCUCCCCUCCUCCUCCUCCUCCUCCUCCUCCUCCUCCUGUCAUGCUCGAAGACCACUGGUGUACAGAUAACACUGUCUUAACUACACAGUUUAAACGGCAACUCCAGACAACCACAUUAUGACGAGGCCUCAAAUUUCAAACUGCAAUCCUGCAGUGAAGGUCCAGCCCAGAGCCAUAGCCCCCCACAACCGUACUGUCACACUCCCCCACACCCUGCCAGACACAACAAGGAUGAAGGGCCUCCGCUAAGCGAACGGACUGGUCUGUCAUUAAUCCAUAGACAGGACGUCCAGGGCCCGUCCUCCGUCUUAUCAGCACAGCCUCAGAGAGCCAGCACCCUGAUCCUGUAAUAUCACCUCCCCCCCACGUGUGUUGACUGUGUCUCCUUGUGCACUUGCAUGCUUCUGGUGUGGGGUCGAGGCUCGCUUGGUGCACACCUCCCAUUCUGUCUUGUGCUCGUGUGGAUUUGUGCCCUGGCGCCGGCCGACUGCUGCCGUCAGGGGAUCUAGCAGACACACACAGCAUGGAAAAUGGCAGUUUUAAAAAAAGAAAAAAUAGAAACUAUGUAUUUGUUACCUAGUGUGUGAUACUUGAGGGUUAAAAAGUCAAAAGGUUUAUUUUUUUUGUUUUUUGUUUCGAAAAGUCCAUCCUUGGUCUUAUUUUUAUCACCCUCUUUGCCCUCCUCUUGUUUUUUUCUUUGCAUUGUGAAGUGGGCAUGCUUGUCAGAAAGACAAAUGCUCUCUAUUAAUAGGCUUAUAACCUCAUAAAUAGUUGUGUAUAAAAUAAACUGUUAUAACUUCUUUUUUAAUAAAACAUUCAAUGUGUAUAAAAGG